UCAAAAAAUCGUAAUAAAACCCCGACACGAAUUAUCGCGAUACAUUCGUUUAUUUUACUCAAAUUCUUAUUAAAAUCUAAUUAAAAUACAUUAUAAACUGUAAAUAAUCGUUUCCGUGACCCGGUUUGGUGUAUUGUACGUGGGAAAUCAACGCCAUCAUGUGGGGAUAUGUUUUCCCUCGGGGCCAAGAGCCAUUUUAUCAAUUCGUGCAUUUACUUCUUUUCUGCUGACUUGAUAAAGGCGUGACGUGUAAAGUGCAAUAAGUUUUACGCCUUAGCCCAAUUUGAAACAAAAAGGUAACCAUGACUGAAGAGAAACCAGACAUAAAAAAGUUGCAGAUCGAAGUUGGAGAGUCCUCCAUGUCUCAACUGCGGCCGCCCGACCCGUCAAUGCAGUUGAAAGAACUGAAAGAGGAAAAGAAAGUCUUCAAAUUCGUCAGUGUGAAUAGCGAAGUGCUCACAGACGAACAAAGGGAAAUGUACGAGUCUGUACUCUCCACCUGGAAACCUGUUAUGUUCCCAAAACGAACUAAACAGUAUAUCUGCAUAAAAUGCAACAAAGAAUUCAAAAAUUACCAAAACCUGUACCUUCACACCACUAGGGUACAUUCAUCAGAAGAGUCCGCAGUCAUGUGCGACAUCUGCGAUAAAACAUUCAAAAAUAAACACUAUUUGUAUAUGCAUAGGAUGAAUAAACAUUAUUCGGAAGACGAGAAGUGCUACUGUCAGUUCUGUCUCCAAGAAUUCAGGACGAGUCGAGCGCUCCACAUGCAUGUGAAGCGGAUUCAUCCAAAUACUCUCCCUGAGUUAAAAUGUCCAGAGUGCGGGAAAGAGUUUUCGGUUCCGUACAAACUAAGGUACCAUAUAGACGCGUGUCAUCGUGCAGACCAGGAUAAAUACAAGUGUCACAUCUGCCAGAAGUUAUACAAAAGCCACUUGAAUUUAAACCGACACCUCCAUUUCCAGCACUCGCAAGUUGAAAGACACAAGUGUGUCUUCUGCGACAUGACGUUUAAGUCUCGGCACCACAUGAAACGGCACAUCUUAAAUAUCCAUCCGCCGUUAGAAUCCAAAGUGAGUUGUCCUGAGUGCUUGAAAGAGUUCAAAAACGACCAGUAUUUGAAAGAGCAUAUGCAAGUCCAUUCGUCUCUUGAUACGAAAGUGAAAUGCGAUCUGUGCGACAAGUUCUUCCAUUCGGCGAUCCGUUUGAAGAAGCACAAAAAGAUCGUUCACCCAUCGAAACCCAAGAUGCGUUGUGAAAAGUGCGACAAGGAGUUUGCCCAUGCGCACUAUUUGCGACGUCACAACAACUCAGUUCAUAUGGAGGUGGACGAAACUAAGUACGAGCAUGAGUGUGAGCAGUGCGGCAAGAAAUUUAAACUUAAACGAUAUUUAAGCAAUCACUUACAGAGACAUGAGCAGCAGCAUUUGAAAAGAAUAUCCCAGAUGGUCAAAACGGUUAUGACGGAAGACGGGAGGGAAGGGGAAAAGCCGAAGAAAAAACCCGCGAGGCCCAAACGAGAGGCGAUUGAGUUUAUCAAAUGUGAACCCGUUUCGAGCUCAGACUCCGAGUCUGGAGAAACUGAGUCGGAUUCUGAAUAGAAAGAAACUGUAAGAAUUGAUGAUUACUUCAAAAGGGCUUGGCGAAAGUUCGUUUUAGCCGAUGGUGAAUAAUGCUACAGUUUUAACACGGCUAAAUCAUUUUUGGGCGGUAUUUGUCGCCUCUGUAAGAUUAUCUGGGCAAAAUUUUCUGCUCGAUUUGGUUAGCAGUAGGGCUUGUUCAAAGUCCUCCUGCCGGGCUAGAAAGCGCGCCGUGAUAAAAUCUAAUCAAUGAUUUUAGACGACAAACGUAUGGGCUUAUCGCGUAAAAUCGAUAAAAUGGCGCGAAAAAAGCUUCAUCCAUACCAUCUUACCUAAGUCAGUCGCCAAUGUCGUCGCCAUAACAAAAAUCUUAAGAGCAUUGUUGCUAUGAAGCUAAACUUAACUGUUUCUCUAUGAUUGUGGAUUCCAAAAUGUCCAUUUAUGACGUAAUCAUCAGAUUCUUUGCAAGUUCAAUUAUAAAUAUAAGUAUGUUAUAUUGUUCCAAUACAUUUUAAAUACUUGGCAGGUGAUAUUUCUUUAAACACAAAUACUUUAGACAUAUUUGGUGGGAUGGGUCGACGAUACCAUUAUACGAUUAUAAUGAUGUAUAUUAUUAUGAUGUAUCUUACGCGGGGCGUGAGAUAGCGAAAGGCCCGCGUUUAGUACGUAGUAAAAUAGAAGAUUCGUCAAUAAUUCUUAUUUUGUGCAAAUUAUACAGGUUGUCAAUGUUAUGUACGUAAAGCUGAAAGGAACAAAAACUAUGUCACUAAAUUGAUUAAAAAAACUCAUAAAUUAAAGUCUAUAAAUUAUUCUACAUUUUGGAGUUGAUUUUUUUUAUUAUCGUAAUAAUCUAUGCUUGCAGCUUACAUAGAUUUCAUAGACAUCCUAUAUACUAAGUAUUAAUUAAAUAAUUAAAGAUAAAACUAUUCUAAUAAAUGAAAGCAAUAUAAAUAUAAUAAAAAUAAAUAGCUUGGUAAAUAUUUUCAGGACUAAAAAGAUUUUAUGAAAUAUUAUAGCUAGAUAAAUAAAUAAAUUUUGAAAAUUAAUUAAAAUUAUACUUGGCUAGUUGACACCACUUGACUGGUCAACUGACAUACUUUUUAUGAGCUGGUAAAACACGUAUUUCCUAUAGAUUUUGUAUGGCAACAGGAAAUGACGUCAUUUUCUUCAACUCAAUUGAUCAUUUUAUUAAUUUCUAAGCAGAGAGAGUCUCACAGUGCGCGUGGACGCACAGGGUGACACACGAACCAAUCACAUUGAUCUAUUGAACGCUGUGCGUUCGAUUUGCUGCUUCACUUAAGCAAGAAUCGUUUGUGAAUACGGGUGUUUUUAUAGUAGCUUCAAUGUUAAUACAACAAUUCAGUUCCUAACUUGAUGACGUCAUAGAACCCUUUCCCAUACAAAAUCUAAGGGGGACUCGCGUUUUGACAGAUUCAAAAAAGUAUGUCAAUUGACUAGGGUGUCCACUACCCUACAAUAAGGUGUCAACUAUUCAAUUAGAAAAUUUUUGGCGUAUAAAAUGUUUUUCUAGCGUUGGAUGUUUAAAAUUACAAAAAUUAGACAAAAUUUUAAUAAUAUCUUGCAUUAUUUAUCAUUUGUGAUAUAUUUGCAAUUAAAUGUUAAUGUAUCGAAAUGAACAUGGUCGUGGCAUUUCAAUUACUUAUUAAUUUUAAACUUGUAAAUAUUUUCAGUGUCUUAUCCCUAAGAAGUGAUGAAUUUUAAAGAUGUUGAAUUUUAUAAAUUUGAAUUUCAUGCCUGCAACUGUGUGUGUUUUUAUUAGAAGAGUAUUUGUAAAGAUACAAUAUUUUUCGAACGGUUACAUAAUUAAUGUUCAUUUCGAUAUACAAACCGGUCGAGUUAACUGCGCACCUGGCGGCCGUGACGUCACAUCGCCGCUCUGAGCCCCGAUUACGGUAAUUUUUAACGUCAACAAUCCAGACACGCUUCUCGAUUCUGCGAUACGAUUGGUCGUUCAACAGCGUACGUCAGCUGUUUUGACCAAUCGUAUCGCAGAAUCAGAAACGCGUCUGGAUUGUAGACGUUAUAAAAGUUACCGUAAUCGCCGCUCUGGUACGGACGGGCGAGCGCGGGGAGGUGUGCGGGUGAGUGCGAGGGAGAGUCGCAUUCACCGAGGUGCGCAGUUAGCUUGAUCGAGUUGUAAAAGGCUGUCUGGUGCAUGGUGGAGGAUUCUAUGGCAGCGGACGGCCUAAUACGCGUUCGCUGCGAGCACACCAAGUAUUGUCAUGCAAAUAAUCCUAAUUCCGUUGACAUACGGCAGGUAUUUCAAUGACUUAAGGAGCUGUAACUAACCGUCACUAAUCAAACUAGAAAUUAUAGAUUUUGAACCUUAAAAAGAUGAUGUUUAGUUCAAAAUCCAUUGAGUAUUAUCUUCAUUUUUAACAGACUUCAAAAAAAGAGGGUCUUAUUUUACAUUGGUUUGUUGGCAAAAUGCAUCUUAUGCCCUCGGCAUUAGGGUAAUUGUUGCCUGAUACUCCUUGAUACAGCAAAAGCGUACCUAAUAUAACUUCUACAUACAUAGAU